AUGGCUGAAGAGGCCAAGAAGGUCAAACGCAGAAAGAGUUUUGGACUCCUGUUUGGUUCAACAGGGCUCUUGGGCUCCGAUGGUUCCUCCGCCACUCCACGGCCAAAGUCGCACGGGCACACUCGAUCCUCUCCGGAUAAUUUUCCUCAAUGUAAUGUCAAUAAUGGUAAUAGUGGUGAGGAUGAAGCCCUGCAGGGUAGCAAUAUAACCAGGCGCCGAAGGGGUAGUCGCCCGAGAAGUAGUGGCUCUCUGUUGGGCAUCAUCGGCCUCAAGGGCCAUUAUUCGGCCGCUGCUGGGGAGACUCUUGACAUGGCGAAAACGGAGCACAGAUAUGCCAAUCGCGGCAGGGUAUUGUCAAAUCCAGUGAUGCUCAAUGAUCUCUCUGCGUCUGUAAUCGACGGCGGCCUACGACAUGCGCCGCUUGGUCCUAUUCCACGGGCGAGGUCGAAAUCUCUCCAGAAGUCAAAGCGGAAUUCCAUGUUUGCAUCCUUGAGGUCGUUUGGGACACCGGCGGACGACGACCAAGCAUCGAUUAGAGCUCGCUCAAAAGAAUCCUCCGAAGAGGAUGAUUUCGCCAUGUUCCUGGGUUUUGGGUACAACAAUAGAUUGUCCUUGGGAACCCAGGUCCUCCAUCACGGGGAGGUGCAGACGUCAGUGCCCAUGUGGAGGAAAAAGAGCCAGUACCUCGUCCUGACCGACACCCAUCUCGUUCGCUUCAAGAGCCGGUCAAAGGCAGCCGAAGCAUUCCCCACGAUACCCGCUCAAUGGGGUCGAAACACAAACUCUACACUGACAUCGAAUCGACUAUCUGUGGUUUCGCUUGCUUCGUUGCAGGAUAGCCCAUUGCCUGGAGGGGGGGAGGGUGGCAGCGGCAUUGCGUUGAACAGGAUACUUGCUCUGCACAAACUGGACGACGGACGGCCUUUCUUCUCGGUUGAAGUGUGUUACAUGGAGGAGCGACCUUCGAAGAUAUCGUCACUGCAAAUCCAGCUUACCGACCCUCUCGAUGCAGAACUUUGGCGCUCAGGUAUUCGAGAUGCAGCCGCGGAGGCGAGGGCUGCUGACCCGGUACCGUUCGAAAGAGAGGCUGUUGAAUAUAUCUCACGCGCCCUGGACCAGGAACGCGAUUAUGAUCCUUAUACAAUGUCAAUGCAUCGUGUGGUCCGCCGAGUUCCUGUAAAACCGAGUGGCCGGUCCUCGGUUGACGACAAUAUCAAAUUAGCCUCGACUCCGUGCUACUUGGUCGUAGGAGUCCAUAAACUACAUAUUCUCCCGCUAUACAAAGCGAGCAACCGUGCUUCGAUGGUUUCCCUAAACGAACUAGACAUGAGCCAGUCUUAUGGGCUUUUGUCUUUGGCGGCGUUAUAUAUGCAACGGGGCGACGAUGGAAUCCAAUUGGUCUUCAGAUUACCCUUCAAACCUCCAACACAAUUACAUCUGUCUUCUGCCUUUUCAGCCGAGAUCGCGCUCCACAUCCGGCAACGAGCUGAAUUUCUGCGGCCCCAGUGGAUCCAGCAACCGUAUGUAUUGAAUGUCCCCCAGUGGCUUGAAGACCAAUUCACUCCCCCUCCACCGAAAUCGGAAGAAGACGACGGCUGUUUUGAUCGUACUCUGACGGCAUACUGCGCCGCGUAUGAUAUCGAUGCUUCGAAUAUUAGAUAUUCGAUUGAUUACGCCUGUGAGGAUGCGCCGUGUUUCCAAUUGCUUCCGCCGGAAGGUUCCAAGGAUGGAAAAGGCUACAGUGCUUUUGAGCUGCUGGCAGUCAUGAGAGCGUUGCGAUAUAAUGAGUCUUUCGACACGAUAUCAUUUGGAGGGGUUAAUCUGGACGUGCUUCAGAGUUUGUACGAUCCUUAUGGGUUCGACCACGACGCGAUGCAAACGCGGUCGAAUGUUGCCCUUGAUAUCCCAGGGCAGGAGCAGAUGUCCGUUUUGACACAAGAAAUUCGGGCAUUGGCUCUGAAAAGCAAAACGCUCAGACGAAUGAAUUUCGCGUUCUGCCUUACCCGCAUCCCGACCACCGGAAAAGACUGGGUCGUGUUGAACGGGAUCAAACUGGGGGACUCGGAUCUGGAUUAUCUGAUUGAUGCUGCGUCCCAGAAGAUGUCCCAACUCCGUGCUCUCGAGAUAAGCCACUGUGGAAUCUCUAUCCACGACCUUGAUUUAAUUUUGUCUACACUAACGGCACAAGAAGCCACCCUCGAGGCGAUUAAUAUCUCUGGAGUGCAAGGCCGAUUGAGUGCAGAGUUGUUCCAACAACAAAUUGGCUACUUCGCUCACAUUCGCAAGAUAAAUUUAUCACAUAUCUCGAGGAACACCGGUCCCGAGCCUCUUAUUGCGCCGGAGACUCUGCUGAAUUGGGAAUUGGAGGAGUUGUCGUUGAGUCAUACAGUUGUGAAUGAUAAGACUGUCGAUUCAAUUGCGGCGUACCUUGCAAGUGGAAAAUCGAGCAAGUUGCGCGAGUUGAGACUUGAUCACCGCGAAACAUCCCAUCUUCACGUCAGUGAGAACCGGCUCCACGUGGAUUAUUCCCUGUUAUUCGAAUCAAUCACGCAAAAUAAAACACCGACGCAUCUUACGAUGAGAAUGAUGGAUUUUCAGAAAGAAGAUCAUUUUAGACAGUUGAUUGAAGCAAUGAGGAAAAACGUAUCUUUGAAAUACCUUGAUAUCUCCAAGGCUUCUCUCCCAUAUGAUGCCGGUCCUGAGACCUGCAAAGCGUUGCAGAUGAUGUUUGAGGAUAACACAACAAUGGAAGAGCUGGAUAUAAGUGGGGAGUAUGCACAUCUCGACGUUGCGCGGUUUGGGAUUGGGUUGAAUCUCGCAUUGACUGGCCUGAAGAAGAACAAGACCCUCAAAGUACUAAGGAUUGAGCAUCAGAAACUAGGGCUGCAGGGCGCCAAUACCCUCGCCUCAGUGCUAGAGGCGAAUGAUUCACUCCUCGAAGUAUAUUGCGAGAACAAUGAAAUCAACUUGCAGUCGUUUACCGUCUUGAUAAACGGAUUGCAGAGGAACAAAACGCUCCUCCAUCUUCCGUGCAUGUCUCGGGAUCGAGAGCAGACAAUGGACAAAGUUCGCCGAGAGAUCCAAUCUGUCAAUAAAGAACCGAAACGGAGAAAUUCCAACGUUUCCACUGCUGGGUCAAUCCGUCGGACGAUCCAGGCCGCCGUGAACGGCGCUGGCGUGAGCGGCACAAAGUUGACCAAACCGAAUAAAAACCGCCAGAGCAGUGCGCAUCCGACACUACCAUCUCCGCUUCCUUUGGCUCCACCAGCAGCUUCGGAGCUCGGGAGCCCUCAGGUGCAGGCAAUUCUUCAAUCCUUGGGCCAAAAGUGGGACCUCGAGGUUGAGCGUCUACAGCGUUACCUCUACCGGAAUUAUACCCUUCGAGACGGCGCCACGCAACAAACUGGCGAGAACGGGAAUGGAGCUGCUGAUUGGGAUUCACUCAGUGAUGGUCGCCCCAGGACAGCAACUAGUUUAAGCACGUUUCUUGACCAGUUUUCUUUCGAAACCAACCAGGAACGGCUCUUUUUAGACGGGGACGCCGAGCGCAAGAGGCACCACGACGAAGCGAAUGGGAUUACUCUCCUCAGACCUCCGCCGGCUCCAAGAAAACUGUCCGACAUCAUGUCCAUUCCAUCGCCUGAUCCUGAAGAACUCAUAAACCCCCCUCGUGCCUUUACGUUUUCCACAGAUCCAGACACAACAGAUACAACCCACACCCUCGCUGCUCCUAUUCCCGCCCAUCCGCGCCCAACGGCCAUACGCACAGAAACAAGUUCGAGUUUGCUUAGCGGAAUAUCUAGCAACGCGAGCCUCAACACGAGUAGCGCUUCGGCAACGACCACCCACAGACCAGGCAGCACCUCGAAAGUACCCAGCGCCUCGUCGUCGCUGCGGGGUAUACUGAGCCCGCGAACGCAGGCGGACAGAGUUAUGGCGAAGAACAAAGCGGGGAAUCGAGUCUCGGUGACGUUUGCGCAAGCGCCGCGGUUGGAGUUGGAUCUACCGAGUUUGGAUCUAUCUUGA